AUGUCGGGCUUGUCGGGCUUGUCGCGUCCGCGUCGCUUGGAUCUCUCGAAAUUGCCCAAGGACUUUGUCAUCGGCGUUGUGCUGGGACCUUCGAUCUCGGGGAGAACAACUCUAGUGAAAGACCUUGCGGCAUUUUAUUCGAUUCCUCUGGAGCAAAGCACGGUGCAAUGGCGUGAAGAUCAAGCCAUUGCGUCCCAUCCGCUCUUCAGAGGCGAGGCCAUUGACAGGCUAUCUUCCGCGGGGCUAAAUCGGAUCCCAGCAUGGUGUAGGCCAUUCCACACCUUGUCCAAUGGCGAGCAAGCCAGGGCCCUUGCGGCCUUGAGAUUGGAGUCCGAGACGAUCUUUGAGGAUUUUGCGGCUUUCAAUGACGAAAGCACUGCCCAGUCUAUGAGUUACGCCUUCGCCAAGCUGGCGAGGAACCGUGGAUGCCAUCGCAUCUUGAUCUCCACCACCAAGCCUUGUGUCGCGAAGUACAUGCAAUGUGACUUCGUUGUCUUCACGACUGGUGAGGUCAGGGUAAACUCGGUCUCGCCGCGAAAGAUGGAGAUCCAGUGGGAUUGCCGAGUCACCGGCUUCAAGGGUGGCACUGGUGGCACUGAUAAGGGCUGGGAAGGCGAGCUGGACCAAGUUCAUCAGAAAAUCCGUUUCGACCGACAGCCAGCUGCAAGUUCCUCAUAUGAGCUCGGCGUGACUCGACCCAGGGAGCUGCAGUGCUCAGUGCUGCUGGACGAGGCUUUGACCGAAGCACUGAAUGCCUUUGACUUCGACUUCAAUGGCACCAGCACUAGCCGAGUUUGGCGCCUCCAAGUAGAUCGCUUGCCACCAUGGAAGCUGGGGGCAGUCCUGGGGCCUUCUGGGACUGGAAAAAGCACUCUGCUGAAGGAGAUCGCUGGCGGGAAAGGUCUUAUGGAGCUGCAGUGGUCGCAUCAUCUGCCCGUGCUAUCGCAGUUGGCCCCGUGUCCACUUGAAGCGGAAACUUUGCGGGCCGCCUGUGGCUUGUCACCUGAAGCUGCAGGCCGAGCUUGGAGGACAUUGUCCGAUGGUGAGCAGCACCUGGCCUACUUAGCCCGAGUCCUGGGUGCCUCCGUUGGAACGAAGGAUGUCGUGUGCCUUGAUGAGUUCACCUCUGUGCUGGACCGCAACUUGGCGAAGCUGGUCUGCGACGGGCUGUCCAACUACAUCUUGAAGCAUGAGCUGCCUCCUGUAGUUGUGGCCACAGUCCAUGGCGAUGUUGCGCAGUGGCUGCAGGUGGACUGGCAUAUGGAUUCCAAGUCCGGCGUGGUCCGAAAGCCUUGCGCCAGCAAUGCAAUGCCAUCCAUGCCGGAUGAUACGGCUUACAGUGACCCAGACCUUUUCCAGUUGCCAAAGCUUCGUUUGCAAGUGCGGCGGCUGAAGCCUCAUUCCGCUGCUGCCGAAGUCUUCCAUCGCUUCUUUGCCGAACACCACUACAUGAGUGGGAAGGUGCCUUGCAACUUCCAUGCGGUGGUGGUCAGGGAGCAGGAUUCCCAACGCCUGGUAGCCAUGGAUGCUGUUGGUGCUUUCUUUGGCCAAGGAAACGGUGGCAUCACGUGGUUGGAAAGCCGUUUGGUCGUGAUGCCGGAAUUUCAAGGUUUCGGAGUGGGGCCAAAGUUGUCAGAGCUGGUUGGCGAGAUCCUUUUGAGGUCGGGCCAAAGAUUCUUCAGCGUAACACACCACCCGCGGCUCGGUGGACAGAGAACUUGCUCGGCCCUUUGGCGACCCACGACCAUGAAUGGAAAGGCUGGCACGAGCCUCAAUGGCAGCAAAUCCGAGCGGAAAGCUUUCCGCCACCAGUACAUGGGCGCUGAAGGCCAUGGCAAUGACCAGUUGGCUGCGGUGGCCAGUGAAGCGAACCGGGAGGCGAUCUUGGUGGCUGGCCCCAAAGCACCCAAGGCCAGCGAAAAGAUGGCGCAGAGGAUUGCCAAGUUUGAUGGCAAGAGCAGAAGGGAAGCUCUUGAGGGCAUGACGCCUGCUGCCAAGGCUUCUGUCCGAAAAGAGUUGGACCAGCUGUUGGCCAAUGGCUAUCUGGAAUGCAUGUCUGCCGAGACAAAGGUUGUGCGGCUGCAGACGCCAAGGAACAAUCAGAAAAAGUUGGACCUCAUGUUUACUCCGGCCAAACGGCCCUUGAAGACGGAGAAGCAAGGCCCAGAGCGGGCCGACAGCGUCAAGAAACGGCUGUUUUAGCUUUUAGCUUAAGAGGGCAUGCUUCAGGGGUAGAAAGCAUGAAAAAGGGUGCGCGUUGCUGCGGACGUUCAUGGAGUGGGCAGUGGUCAU